GAUAGUGUCAGUCAGUGAAACUGCAGGAGGUGGCAGCGCUAUCCCUUCAUGUUGACUUUCAGCCGCGUCUUUGUCAUGGCUUGAGUUCGUCUUUAGUUUCUUGAAAAAAAUACACGGAUGCCCAUUCCAAUUUGAAUUAGCAACGGAGGAGCCGCUCAAUCGCCAUUUCUGUAACCGGAGCAAUCCCUAUCCAAUCGCAGUACACAAUAGCAGGUGUUGUGCCGAAAAAUAGCCGCCCCGCGUGAAAUGUCCCCCCUGACGGGAACGCUUAUUUAUAACGCUUUAUUGAGGUGAAAACAUCAAAUGUUUUCAUGGACUCGUUACAGUAAUGGAUUUACGACUGUAAAAUCACUUUUAAAUAAAUAAAUUAGACAAAAUACUAGUACUUUAUUUUACUAACAAAUCGUGGACUGGGCCACAUAACCAUCUUUGAACAGAAAUGUAUUAGUCUACAGGUUUUCACGACCAUAUCUCAAUGACAAUCACACAGUUAUGACAUUUAGUUCAAGCAGAGUAAAAUAAUACAUAUAUUCACGGUAUAAGAAAAUCGUUUCCAUGUCCAUCGAUUGGUAAGAAAAAGCUGUACGAGUGACGUGUGGGCGCUCAACAAUAAAAUAAAUAAACAAAUAAAUCAAAUAAACGCUCAAUAAAGCGUUAUAAAUAAGCGUUCCCGUCGGAGGGGGACAUUUCACGCGGGGCGGCUAUUUUUCGGCACAGCACCGGCUACUCAGCCCGCCCCCCUUAUUUGUGAUUGGCUAGAAAUUGCCUACAUUCGCUGCUGUGAUUGUGAUGACAGAUCAAGGUCUGAGCGGUGGUCAAAAAUUCAGCAAAAUUGACCUCAACCAAGCUUAUCUGCAGAUGAAUGUGGAUGAAGAAUCACGGGAGUGGCUGACAAUUAACACGCACAAGGGACUUUUCAGAUAUUGCAGAUUACCUUUUGGCAUCACAUCUGCUCCUGCUCUGUUUCAACGGGCUAUGGAUCAAAUUUUGAGUGGAUUGCCAGGAGUACAAUGUUACUUGGAUGACAUUCUCUGCACCGGAUCCAACGACGAGGAGCAUCUUCGCAACCUGGAUGCUGUCUUUAAAAGGCUAAGGCAGUAUGGUCUUCGAGUGCGCAAGGAAAAAUGUGAAUUUUUGAGACCAUCGGUGGAGUAUCUCGGGCAUGUGAUAGACCACGAAGGACUACACAAGGCUCCAUCAAAGACAAAGGCAAUUGUGGAUGCACCCGCCCCAGAAAAUCUGGCAUGUGAUGCUUCACCCUAUGGGGUGGGUGCUGUCCUCUCCCAUGUGUUCCCGAACGGAGAUGAAAGACCAAUUGCUUUCGCAUCGAGAACACUUAACAAAGCAGAGUCAAACUAUGCUCAAUUGGAACGAGAAGCAUUGAGCAUUAUUUUUGGUGUGAGGAAGUUCCACCAAUAUUUGUAUGGAAGGAAGUUUACUCUGUUAACGGAUCACAGACCACUGACAACGAUUUUGGGACCUCAUGCAGGAAUCCCUUCGCUGGCUGCUGCACGUCUUCAGAGGUGGGCUUUGUUGUUAUCAGCUCACUCAUACGACAUCAAGUAUCGUAAAUCUGAUUUGCAUUGCAAUGCUGAUGGACUUUCGGGGUUGCCGCUUCCUGUCACAAAACAUGAACCUACCUCGGUGGACAUAUUCUAUUUCCGAAAUGUUAAACAUGCACCAAUUUCAGCGUCGCAAGUAAAACGUGCAACUCGGAACGACCCCGACCUGUCAGUCGUCAUGGACAUGGUAAUUAAAGGACAAACCAAGUGUGAGAACACCGCUCUCAAACCUUUUUUGGACAGGAGGCGGGAACUUUCUGUUCAAUCAGGUUGUUUGCUGUGGGGGAGGAGAGUGAUUGUGCCACAGUCAUUGCGUGCUAAAAUGCUUGUGCAACUGCAUGCAGGUCACAGUGGUAUUGUUAAAAUGAAAGAAAUGGCGAGAAGUUAUUUUUGGUGGUCAGGAUUAGAUAAACAGAUCGAAGAGACGGUAAAAAGUUGUUCGUCUUGCCAGAAGAUUUGCAACAAUCCACCUGCAGCCCCACUUCAUCCUUGGGAUUUUCCUCAGGACCCUUGGCACCGCAUUCAUAUUGACUUUGCGGGGCCUUUUGAAAAUCGAAUGUUUCUGGUUGCUAUCGAUGCCCAUAGUAAGUGGCCAGAGGUAGCUAUCAUGAAAUCAACCACAUCGGAAAAGGCAAUUGAGAAGUUAGGGGAGAUGUUUAGUCGUUUCGGAGCCCCUGCACAACUCGUCUCAGACAAUGGCCCCCAAUUUGGGUCAAAAGAAAUGGUUGAAUUCCUGCAAGCCAAUGGGGUUCAACACAUUAAGUCGGCUCCCUAUCACCCGGCAACCAACGGUCUGGCAGAGAGGUUUGUGCAGACCCUCAAACAUGCUCUCAAAGCAUCACAAGGGCAAAGUACACUCCAUCAGAGACUACACGAAUUUCUCCUCAAAUACCGAACAUCUGUGCAUGCAACUACCAAAGUAUCGCCAGCGAGCCUCUUGUUUUCUCGAGAGAUACGAACUGGCAUGGAUCUUCUGAAACCACCAACCCUGAGUGAGAUUGUUCAAAUGGAUCAACGGAAGCAAGUCAAGUACAGAGACCUGCAUUCCAAGAACCGAGAUUUUGCACCUGGUGACUCUGUUAUGGCCCGGAGUUACCAGAGUAAGGAAAAGUGGGCCCCUGCCACCAUCAUUGCUCAAACCGGACCUGUUUCCUACACCGUUCAGACAGCUGAUUGUGUUUGCUGUCGCCAUGUGGAUCAAUUGUUGGGAACAUCAGACACUACUCCAGAACUGUCUAUUGAUUGUGAUGAUGCUAGCAGUGUAAUUAUACCAGAAAUGUCUAGCUUACCGGAUGUGCCAAAAAUACCAGAAAUGUCUAGCUUACCGGAUGUGUCAAACCCAAACAGUCCUGCUGUAAUUGUGUCUAAUUCAACCAAUGCACAAACGGAACCUGAAACGGUAUCGGAACCUGUUUCCACAAGUGGGAAAUCGGAAGUGACUGUUGAAUGUCGUUAUCCUGCACGUGACAGGCGACCGCCUGAUAGAUUGGAUUUAUAAGUAAUAAGUAAUGAGGGGAAAACAGGAGGUAUUUUUGUGUUUAUUUCUGGGACAUGUUAUGUAAGGGGGGAGGAGAUGUGACAUAUUUAUGUCACACUGCUGUUGCCAUAGUGUGCACUUCCUGUGGGUGUGGUAUUACAGUAUAAAAAGGAAUCUCUGUUAUGUCUCUGUGACUUAUAUGAUGAGAAGCACACUGAAUAAAGAAGUGUUGUUCCAUUCAAGUCUCGGCCUUACAUGUACUUAGAUCAGGAAGUACAUAACACAAAUGAAAUGCCUCAAUGAUUUUUUUCUAAUGCACAUUUUUCUAAGCUUUAUUGAUGGUUUUUCUCAAGUUAAA